AUGGUAUAUGUCACAAUAUUUUUCACAUGCCUAGACCAAAUUUAUUUUAAGAUUCUUGUUCCGUCUAUCGCCGCUGGUGCUAUUAUUGGAAAAGGAGGGGAAGCUAUUGCUCAAAUACAAAAAGAAACUAGUGCUAAGAUUAAACUAUCAAAAAAUGAUGAUUUUUACCCAGGCACUUCCGAACGAGUUUGUCUUAUCCAAGGCAGUUUAGAGGGCGUCACGGCUAUGCACAACUAUGUAAUGGAUCGAAUAAUGGAGAGGCCUGAAACAACGAGUGCUUCAGCAAAGCAGCUUGGUGUUGAUACCCCGCAUGCAACUGUCAUAGAUUCGAAAGCUGUUGUUGGCUGGCAAGGAAAAGACCCUCAGAACCCUUCACGUCUGGUUUGGGAAAGGCACAAGCAAGUAAUGCAAGUUCAUUUCUAA